AUGUACCGCAUCGGCUGCAUCCUCUCGGGACUCCUCUUCAUCCUCAGUGUGACCAGCAUGGGCGGCUUUGCCCGGGCAGGCCGCAGAGUCUGUGCCGCGGCACCGGAGAGCCGGGCGGCCGCCUACACCGAGUCCCACGUCCAGCCUGUCUACCAGCCCUACCUCACCACUUGCCAGGGCCACCGCCUCUGCAGCACCUACAGGACUAUCUACAGGGUUGCCUAACGGCAGGCGGACUGCCAGGUGCCACUUUUUUGCCCCGCCUGGAGCAGGGCUACCAGCCACGCGCUCAGCUGCAACAGAGCUCUCUGCUGGGUGCUGUGCCAGAACGGUGGGAGCUGCGCCUUCCCCGGCAGAUGCGCCUGCCCGCCCGGCUGGAUGGGACGAACCUGCCAGACAGACGUGGAUGAGUGUGCCGGCCAGAGCCACGGGUGCCAUCAGCUCUGCGUCAACACGGCCGGGAGCUACCGCUGCGCCUGCCGGGAUGGCUUCAGCCUCGCUGCCGACGACAAAGCGUGCCAGCCCUUGGUGACAGCCCCCGAGCCAGAAACCUUCAGCCAAGCAGGUCCCCCCAGUGAAAUGAAGGAAGAAAUGAACGACCUGAAGAACAGAGUGGAAGCGCUGGAGCGGAAGCUCCAGUUGGUGCUUGCUCCCUUCCACAACCUCAUGCCAUCUGCGCCGGAGGAUGUCGGCGCAGACCCCAUCAGCCGGCUGUCCCACUCCCUCCAGCAACUGGACAGAAUCGACUCCCUGAGUGAACAGAUCUCCUUCCUCGAGGAGCGGCUGGAGACAUGUUCCUGCAAGAAUGAACUCUAGCCGAGCACCCGAGGAAUUGGAGCAAGCGGAGUGCAUCUGUAGCUCUAAUCUCAUUCUCCAGCCUCAGGGUGAAGAUGAAGCCACAUCAUCUACAGGAAGGCACAGGGUAGCAGGAGAAGGCUGGUUUUCCCAUCAGCAUCUCCAUUUUCUUUUCCAACUCGCCUUAUCAAAGGUCACGCAGUUGCUGCCAAACUGGACUGCGAGCGCUCAGCAUCUCGCCCCCUUCCUUCUGGAGCAGGCAGAAAAUAAAUGCCUUACCUCGUGCCGUUAGUGCCUGUCUGGCUGUGCCAGAGAGACUGGCUGUACA